AUGGACAGACAUGGACAGAUGACCAGGGAGAAAAGAACCCAAGCCAGGCUGCAUCUCCUCAACCAAGGAAGGCCAUGCAGGACUGGACAGGAAAGAGGCCUAAAAUGGGGAUCCAAUACCCCUCCCCCAAACACACACACACACACACACACACACACACACACACACACACACACACAUUCUCACUCCCAGUGGGAAAUGCUGGGGUCCUUCUGGAAGGCUGUGGAUAGAGAAGAUAAUGUGACUCAAAGGUGGGCUGAGGAGAUGUUUCUGGACUGGGGGUUGGCUGGGGCCGGGCCCAAUGAAAUGGGCAGGUAA